UCCAUCCAUCCAGAGCUAUAAAUCAGUACAGAGGACUCACUGCACUGCACGGACUCAUCAUCAGCUGUCUCAUGCUUUAUCUGGAUGUAAUGCUCUGACGGACUGUUUCUUCGUCCAGCCUCGAGAUGAAUGUGAAUAGCUUAUUAAACAAAUGGACUCAGAUCCCCAGGAUGUGUGAAGUGGACGUAUCAUCAGAGCCAACCAGUCCUACGUUGUACAGCGAAUCAUCGGAUGCGUAUUACCAUGUGGACCGAUGGCAGAAGCUAAGAACAGCCGUGAGAAAACUUGAGUUCUGGGAGAACUUCAGCCAUGAGUUGAUUGGCAGUGGCUUUUUCUCUAAAGUCUAUAAGGUAAUUCACAACAGCACAUGCAAAGUAAUGGUGGUGAAGAUUUAUAAGAACGAUGUGGACCAGGACAGCAUUGUGAGAGAGAUCAGCCUCCUACAGAAACUCUCUCACCCCAAUAUAGUCAGGUAUCUGGGUAUUUGUGUGAAAGAGGACAAGCUGUACCCAAUUCUUGAAUAUGUAAGUGGAGGCUGUUUGGAGGAGCUGCUUGCUAGGAAAGAUGUUCCUCUGUGUUGGAGGGAGAAAGUGGACCUGGCAUCAGACAUCACUAGAGGAAUGAUCUAUCUCCAUUACAAAAACAUCUAUCAUCGUGAUCUCAACUCGAAGAACUGUUUGAUCAGGGUGACUUCUCGAGGCAGAGAGGCUUUGGUUACAGACUUUGGUUUGGCCAGAGAAGUAGUGGAACUCCCUGCUAAAGACCGGAAGCUGUCACUAGUCGGCUCGGCCUUUUGGAUGGCGCCUGAGAUGCUGCGCGGUGAACCUUAUGACCGCAAGGUUGAUGUGUUCUCUUUUGGGAUUGUACUGUGUGAAAUUCUAGCCAGAAUCCCAGCAGACCCAGAAAUCCUGCCAAGAACUCAGGACUAUGGUUUGGAUGUGUCUGCUUUUAGGAAGAUGGUUUCUGGUUGUCCACAGCGUGUACUGGACCUGGCUGCCAACUGCUGCUUGAUGGAAGCGUUCCGACGGCCGUCAUUCACUGAGGUACUGGAUGAGCUGUCGGAGGUGGUAGAGACCCUGGAGCCACCUGCACAAACAGAUCUGACCACCGGCUGAGCUAUAAUGUUCUACUUUGUGAGCACUCCAAACCAAUGUACCUAAACAAAAGUAAGAGGAAACAAGGUCAUCAGAACAACCGGAUCUGUCUUUUACAGAUUUUAAAACUGUAUGGCAGUGGGAAAAAGAACUAAACAAUCCACAGAUCUAUCGGCUCUCAUACAAAGAUACACAAUAAAAAUUGUGUACAACUUCUCAUUGCUAGAUCUGAUCCAGGACCAAACUCUUUCUGACUGGUUUUAAUAAAUACAGUUAAAUACAGUUAUGCAGAAACUGCUGCUGCUAAAUGGACUGAAAUUUUAAUUUGACUGAACCAAGCUGAUAAAACUGUAUCAUGGAGAUUAUCUACUAAUAGUUUUCUUCUUUAAUGUCUCAGGUUUUAUUCCGGACUUCUUCACAGAUUUGGGACUUACAGGUUUAUGUCUAGUGUAGAGUUUUGCUAUCUGACAAAGAUGAUGAUUUGAUGAUGAUGAAGUUCUCAGUCUACUCAGGCUAAAUUAUAUUUUUGUAGAUUUGUGUAGAUAAAAUCUAAGAUGUACAUACAACAAGUAUUUUGGUACAAAUUCCUCUAUUCUAUUUGUAUUUUAGAUUUUUCUUGCCCUUUUAUUACAGAGUGCUUGCAAAUUAUUACAAUUAUUACAAGGUUAAACUGUUCUUAUAUAAGACAAUAAUACACAGCUGGACUUCCUUCUUGUGCUUAGGUAGCUUGCCUAACAAAAAUGGUGUACAGGCCAGGAAGUCUAAUGUUUCCUGAUAAAGAUUGUUUGUGCAUUUAUGUAUUUUAUAUGGACUCAGUCCAAAAGUGUGAAUCCAACAGAGUUUUAUUUUGUCUGUGUAUCGGUGUGUGAUCAGCCUGGCUCCUUGUUUUUAUGUAGCACCAAAGUAGACUUGUUUGGUUAAAAAUUCCCUGGAGCUUAAAGGCAGGGAUUUAAAUAAUAAAAGCCUUUUUAGUUGCGAUUUCUGAUUAUAUUAGGUGAUUUUGUCCUGGGCAUUGUCAGUAUCUGCUCUAUUUUGAUCAGCAUUGUGGUGGUUUAUAGCCACCCUGAAACAGUGUGAGAGCACCAAUCAAUCACAGACCAUCACAAACUCAUCCUGCAGGUCGUCAGUUUGCACUUAAUGUCUUAAUGUGACAUCAUAGCAAAUGACAAAAUUACUCACUGAUUAGUCCCAAACAAACAAGCUCUGGUUAUGGGAUUUUUAAACAGUGCUCAAACCAAAAAUAUGAGUCAGCAGUGCCCAGUGAUCAGAAAUUGUCCAAUGAUUAAAGACUAGAGGAUGUGCUCUAGAGAGUAUGUGUUCUUAAUAACGAGGCCAGUAAAUGUAGAAAAUAAAAUCCUUUGAGUGCAUAAUAUUAGCCUGAGCACUUCAAGUAUAUGAUUCAUUUAUAGGUAGAUUUCCAGCACAUUCUGAUCUGAUGAUUCCACAUUUUAAUUUGUUUUAAGAAUGGACAGUGUUCUCCAGGGCAAAGGUAUUGAUUGUUGUUAAUGCAAAGUUCAAAAGCUAGCAUCUGUCAUGGUACUGGAGUGUUAGACAGCAUAUUAAUGAUAAAACAUGGUGUUGAUAGUGUAAUAGUGUAGAGAUGCUUUGCAGCUUUGAGGCUGGGUGACCUGCCAAAUACAAACCACAAAGUUGGGACAUAUAUAAGUAAUACAACCAAGAAUCUAUGAUAUGUUAUUUCUUUUGUUUUAACUGACAAGAGUAUAAAGUGACCCACCACUAUGCUUCACCAGCAGAAAGAAAUAGGAAGCCUCUUUAUUUAAUAUAGAUUUUGGGAUGUAAAAUUCAGUUAAGCUGCUUAUUUUUGAGGGUUUGUUAUUUGUUGUUUCUUAGAACAAUGGGAUACGAUGUAAAGACUACACAAAGGUUAAAUAGUACAAUUUGUCUAGUAUGUCAAUAGUAUGUAUGUAAUAAAAUGUUUUUUAGACAUUGUUUGCUUACCUCAGAGGGGGGGCUACUUUUUGCCUUUUGCUUUAAAAAGUUCACUGUGUUACUAAGUCCCGCCGGAGGCAACACUUACAUAAAUACAAAUGUAAUUAUCCUUACACAUGAAAUAAAACAUUUGUUGUUUAUAAUAGCAA